AUGAAGCUGCGCAUCAUAAUCGGCUCUCUGCCGCUGCCGCCGCUGCUGCUGCUGCUGCUGCUGCUGGCCACACUCGCGCUCUCAUCAGCUCCAACUCUUGCUGCACCAGCAGCAAGUGCCAAGGCGAGCGAGGCCGACAGGUUGCAUGCGCAGCAGCAAGAGAAGAGGGAUCUCUCCAUCCUUCGUGGUCUGAUACCCGUCACUCGCUUUCCCGGUACCAACCUUUUGGCAGCUUCCUACCCCAACGAGAUCACUGUGCGAUACAAUGGGACUGUGGUGAUCAUUCCGACAUCCAAAUCAGUCGCUCAGUCGCUCUUGCCCGCAAACGAAAAGCUUUUGCCCACGCAUCCCGUACCCGGCCUAGCAGCGGAUCAGUGGCCCAUCGUCCUGCAAUUUGGCCUUUCUCAGGACAUCAAGCAGUACAAUAGUGGCGUUGGAGACUUUUACACCAGUCGCAUCUGCGUGCCCUGGACGGACAGAUCGGCAGAUGGAAAGACGCCCUUCUCCUUUCACGUGGUCAAUGUCUUGAAUCUCACGCCUCUCGGCCUGCCUGGAGCCUUUUUCAGUGGAGAGCAGGUCAAGGCUGGUCUGUACAAUCCCUCGAACCAAGCUUUGGGCAUCAGAGCGGGAAGCGCAGGGACAAUAGGUUCCACAGUGGUUCAAGCUAGCAUCCUCAAGGAACCUCUGUUCGAUUUCAAGCUUACGCCCAUCAGCCAACAAGACGAUGGUCUUGGCUUGAGCGUAUUUAGCGAUUUUGCUCAGCAAGGCUACACCAACUCCAAGAGCGACACGUGCACCUAUUGCGAGCUUCGCUCACGCUCUCCCCAGCUCUAG